AUGCAUGUCAUGGUCCUCUCCUGCUGUGUCCUGGUCUUGCUUAUGGCCAGCCUGACUUUAUCAGCGCCCACAUUUACGCCGGAGGUAACAAGCUCUCCUUCAACAGAACCACAGGUUGACUUGAAGCUGGCCACUGAAUACCUUCAGCAGUACUACAACUUGCAAAAAGAUCCUCUGGGGCGCAUGAAAAGAAGCGGGGCCUCUUUUGCAUCUAAGGUGAAAGAAAUGCAGGUAUUUUUUGGCCUCAAUACAUCGGGUGCUCUGGACUUUGACACCUUGGAGCUGAUGAGGAGCCCUCGAUGUGGAGUUCCAGAUGUGGAAGAGUACAGCCACAUCCAGGGGACACGAUGGAACAAGAAUGUAAUCACCUACAGCAUCGGCACAUACACCAGAGAUAUGCCUCGCAGCGCUGUGGACUCCUUGAUUGACUCAGCGUUCAGCGUCUGGGCCAGAGCCAGCAGUCUGACUUUUGUCAGGUCGCACACCAGCAACGUUGACAUCAUGGUGGAGUUUGUGACCUAUGAACAUGGCGACUUGUAUCCAUUCGACGGACCCGGAGGCACACUGGCUCAUGCUUUCGGUCCAGGGUUGGGAGUUGGAGGAGACACUCACUUUGAUGAUGCUGAGCACUGGACAGCUGGAGAAACAGGUUUUAAUCUGUUUGUUGUGGCUGCACAUGAAUUUGGCCAUGCUCUGGGCCUAAAGCACUCCAGUAAUCCAGAGUCACUGAUGUAUCCAACCUACAAAUCCUCUUGUCCAGCCAGCGUACUAUCAAGUGAAGAUGUAGCAAAUAUCAAUGCACUUUACGGUCCAGUCAGAGGUCGUGCAAAUUACUUGUUGAGAUACGGCUGGAGCCCUCAGCAGCAAAGCCCCUGGCAGUCAGGAUCGCUGUUCCCCCAACUCAUGCAGAAUAAAUGUGACCCAGACCUGACGUUUGACGCUGUCUCCACUCUCGGGGAUGCCACCUUCUUUUUCAAAGGAAGAUAUCUCUGGAUUAAACAUAAUGAGCAAUACGACAUCAAAGAAGGACCCAUAACCAACUUCAUGCCCAAGAUUGAAACCAACAUCGAUGCUGUCUUCUGGGUGCCUCGCAGAUCCACAGCUUACCUCAUUCAUGAAUCCAUGUUCUGGACAGUGAAAGGCUCUCUUGUGAAGGGAAAGCCUCGAGCUCUCAGCCACUUUGGAUUUCCAGCCUGGGUCCAGGAUGUUGAUGCAGCGGUCCACAUAGUGAAAAUAGGACGCACGCUCUUCUUCAUGCAUGAUAUUUACUGGAGCUACAAUGAAAACCGAAGGGUCAUGGACUUUGGUUAUCCAAAGUACAUCAGUGAGGAUUUUCCUGGAGUCAACACAACAAUAAACGCAGCUGUUCAUAAAGAUGGUUUCCUCUUCUUUUUUGUCGGUCCAGAAGUCUACAAAUACGAUUACACCCAGAGGCAUGUUGUCGGUGUUGAGAAAGCAAAUUCCUGGCUUGGAUGUUUAAAUACUGUAAAUCCCUGA